UGCAUGCUCUGGCUUAGGGAGAGGGCGCUGCGAUUUCCCGACCCAACCAAAGAAGGAGAAGAAACAGAAGGUGGGACAGGCUGGGCGCGUUCUCCGGGCGCCUCGGGGGCGCGCUCGGACUCUUCCCCCCCCUCCCCAGGCUCACGCUCUAGUCAUAAUAGGCGAUGAUGGUUUUUUAAAAAGGGGGUUGGAAUUAGAGGCCGAUUGUGGCAGGGGUGGGGGCUGGCUUGCUGGAGAGGAAAAGGAGAUCAGCUCGGGGCGUCGUCGGGUCAAGCCAGGGCUGGGAAGGCGCCCUAAAUGGGUUGGCAGUGACCUCCUCCUUCCAAUGGCCAGGAUCAGUCCCCAGUGAGGAGAGAAGGCGCUGGAUCAGCCCCUCCAGCCUCAGAGAUGGGGAGCGCUUUAUGGACUCCCUAGAUCCGGCCGGGUUGAGGGGUCCCCCUCGGUGACGCUGCCCCCCCUCUCCGAAGAGACCUCAGGAGAGCCCCAGAUGGAACGGAGGGCCAAGAUGUCUGCGGCGCCGCGGGGCUGGCUGGCAGCCUCCCUUUCCUUCGCCUUCUUUUUCCUGGAGGCGCCGUCGAGGGCCGCGGGCUGCCCGGAGCCGUGUGCCUGCGUGGAUCGCUACGCGCAGCAGUUCGCCGACUGCGCCUACAAGGACCUGGAGGCGGUGCCGGCGGGGCUGCCGUCCAACGUGACCACGCUGAGCCUGUCGGCCAACAAGAUCUCGGCGCUGCGCCAGGGCUCCUUCGCCGAGGUCACGCAGGUGACCUCCUUGUGGCUGGCCCACAAUAAGAUCGGCGCCGUCGAGGAAGGCACCUUGGCCAUCCUGGUGCAGCUGAAGAACCUGGACCUCAGCCACAACCAGAUCGUGGACUUCCCCUGGGGCGACCUGUACAACCUCAGCGCCCUCCAGCUGCUCAAGAUGAACAACAACCGCAUGGCCCACCUGCCGGGCCAGGCUUUCCACACCUUGCGGGACCUGCGCUCCCUCCGCAUCAACAACAACCGGUUCACCGCCGUGGCGGAAGGCACCUUCGACCCCCUCACCUCCCUCUCCCACCUCCAGAUCUACAACAACCCUUUCAACUGCACCUGCCAGCUCAUGUGGCUGAAGAACUGGACGGAGAACACCUUGAUCUCCAUCCCCGAGCGGGACGCCAUCGCCUGCGCCUCCCCAGAGCCCUGGAAGGGGCUCCCCUUGGCCAAGAUCCCGUACUUGCACUGCGUGCCCCCCACCGUCCAGCUGACCUAUCAUCCUAACCUGGACCACACCCCGCUCUACUACGGCUUCACCCUCGCCUUGCAUUGCCACGCCCAGGGCCUGCCGCAGCCUGCGGUCAGCUGGAGAAUCCAGACCUCGUCGGGCCAAACGCUGGAGAUCGCAGGAGCGGAACACGAGGGCAGUAGCCAGAACAACCUGCCUUCGGAGGGCGCUCCAGGAGGCGGUCAGGAGAGGUUCCGGGCCUUCAGCAACGGCACCCUGGUGAUCCCCCGCCUCAGCAAGAAGGAGGAAGGCACCUACACUUGCCUGGCCACCAACGAGGUGGGCAGGAACCAAACCUCGGUCAACGUGGCCGUGGCGGACGCCCCGAAAGAUCCCACCAGCCCGCUGGGAGACCCCAAAGCUCAGCCGGGAGACCGGAAGCUGGACGGCAAGGCCUCCAAGAACAGCGUCAUGAAGCCGGAGGAAAGGACCAAAGUGCAGUCGCCCAGGCCCACCCCGCCGCGGAACUCCCACGCCCCAGGGCCCCGGGCCGGCAGCGAGGGCGAGGGCGAGGGCGCCCCUUUCAAGCCGCCGGCAGUGGAGAAGAAGUGCGGCCCCAGCCAAGUGACCCAGUACGUCUCCAACCACGCCUUCAACGAGAGCGCCGACCUCAAGCCCCACAGCUUCGACCUGGGGGUCAUCGCCCUCGAUGUCUCGGAAAGGGAGGCCAAGGUGCAAAUCACCCCGUUUUAUACCCAGCCGGAGAAAACCCACCUGCGCAUGCUGUACCUGUGCGAGGAGGAGAGGAAGGGGCACGCCUUGGUGCAGUGGUCCCAGAUCGAGGAAGGGGUGAACUCCUACUGGUUCCGAGGCUUGAGCCCCGGCACCAACUACUCGGUCUGCAUGACCUACGCUGGGGAGGACUGCCAAAUCCAGGUGGUCUUUACCACCAAGAAGGAGAUCCCUUCCCUCAUCAUCAUCGUGGUGGUGAGCAUCUUCCUCUUGGGCUUGGCCACCGUCCCUUUGCUGGGGGCCACCUGUUGCCACCUUCUGUCCAAAUACCACGGCAAGACUUACAAGCUCAUCAUGAGAACCCAGAUUGCCGACCAGAUGGAAAAGCACAUGGCCGCGGACUUCGAUCCGCGGGCGUCCUACUUGGAAUCGGAGAAGAAUUACGAUCCGAGUGAGAUGGGGGUCGGAGAGGUGGAGGAGGAGGAGGAGGGGGAUGGGGAGGGAGUAGAGGAGGGAGAGGGGCGAAGGGUGGCUGGGGGAGGAGAGCUGGAAAGAGACGAGAGCCUGGCCGCCAGCUCCAUCCCCGAAUCUCAAUCCAAAACCAACCAAGAGGAAUUCGAAGUGGGCUCUGAAUACAGCGACCGGCUCCCUCUCGGGGCUGAGGCGGUGACGAUCUCGCAAGAGAUUAACGGCAAUUACAAGCAACCGCCUCGCUGAGGCUUCCCCGGGCACUCCCGGAGCUCCGAAGCCGGCGCGUCUUGCGCAAUUGGAAGGACACUCUAUUCUUACUGAGGGCAUCGCGGGCUGAUCAGCCACAGCCUUCCCGAGGUGGACCGCUUCCAAAGGGGGGGGGGGCGACGGGAAGCCUCCAAAAUGUAGGCCACUCCCUUCUCUUCUUCCCAACCGGCCGUCUUGGGGGGUGUGUGGGUCUUUUAAAAGAUUCUCUCCCUUCACCCGGUUGUCACAGAAGCCUCAAAUAUUUGGAUAGGUCUGCUUUGGGAUUAUGUAGCCUGGAGACAUUCGUCUUUCCAAACUUAAAAUCAUUUUUUAAAAAACCCUUUGAAACUAAAAUUUGAGAGACGCCUAGAGAAAGUUACAAAAGAAAAAAAAAACCAAUGCAAUGCGUCUUUUCCUUACUCUCCCAUUUCCUUGAAUUAAUUGCUUUUUCUAAAACUGAAAGCAGGCGGUUAACUGAAAGGACGUUUGCUUUUUGUCUAAGAUCAAAGGGAACAGCAGCAGCAGCCGCAAGAACAACAACCAUGCCUUAAAAGUCCUUUAAAGAGAGAAGCCCUUUGCUUUCCCCGAAAAGGUCCGGUCAGGUUCAUUUCAGGAGGUAGCUGAGGCUGGACAGCUCCCAAGCCCCUUUGCUUCCCGCCCCCAACUAAAGGGUGCGCCCGCCCUAGGAGCUGGUCGCAAAGUGGUCCCUGAAAUCAGGAUCGGGGCAGGACAGACCGAACUGGAAGGGUCCAACCGAAAGAUCAGGCCACGUGUCCCCUAUUGCCGUUUUAAUAAUGGAGCCGUGCUGUAGAAAUCGAGAUAACGUGUGUAUGUUUUAACGUUUGUGACUUUGGACCUCUCGUGGAUGCGUUUCGAUGAAUUGAGUAACAGGCGGGGAGGCUGAACGCCCAGCGUCUGGUCUUUGUUAUCCCUCUCCCUCCCUCUAGCCCUUGCCUGAGGCAUGUCACUCACCGAAGAAGGAUCCGUAUUUCCUCAAUGUUUACGCAGUAGAGUAGUUCGCUUAGAGAAACGUUCUUUGCCCUUUGAUGUAAUUCUGUGAUGUCCAAAGGAAAAAAAAAACC